AUGGCUGACGAAUACGACGCCGAGCAUGCUGCCGAGCUCAAGAGAAAGAGAGCGUUCCGAAAGUUCUCCUACCGAGGAAUCGACCUUGACCAGCUCCUCGACCUCUCCUCCGACCAGCUUCGCGAUGUUGUCCACGCUCGUGCCCGCCGCAGGAUCAACCGUGGUCUGAAGCGCCGCCCCAUGGGUCUCAUCAAGAAGCUUCGCAAGGCCAAGCAGGAGGCUCAGCCUAACGAGAAGCCCGAUCUCGUCAAGACCCACCUCCGAGACAUGAUUGUCGUCCCCGAGAUGAUCGGUAGCGUCAUCGGCAUCUACUCCGGCAAGGAGUUCAACCAGGUCGAGAUCAAGCCUGAGAUGGUUGGUCACUACCUGGCUGAGUUCUCUAUCUCAUACAAGCCCGUCAAGCACGGUAGACCCGGUAUCGGUGCCACGCACUCUUCUCGUUUCAUUCCCCUCAAGUAA